CCAAUUUCCACACUGGAUUACACUUUUUUUUUUCCCUCUUUUCCGUUCCUUUAAUCCAGAGUUGAAAUUCCAGCAACACCAGAUAUAAAACCUUCACAACAGCAGCAACAACAACAACAACAUCAACAACAUCAACAACAACCAGAGUAAUUCCUCUUCACCCUUUAAAAAAGAAAAAAAAAAGGGAAGAAACAGACGAAGCACCUCAAAACAAUUUCCUUCCACCUAGACUUACACCUCACUCCUUCACACAACAACAGUACAGGUGCUUCUUAAAUUCACAUAGGAUAAACCAUAUUUGAUCAUAAAUUGUUGAAAUUAAGGACCUCACUGCAGCAAUAAUGGAGGCAGAAGAACAGAAUACACCUGCCAAGCCUUCCAAAGCAGCUGCUUCAGCUCAGGAAAUUCCCACAACCCCUCCGUAUCCUGAUUGGUCAAGCUCUAUGCAGGCUUAUUAUACUGCUGGAGCUACUCCAGCUCCCUUUUUUGCUUCAACUGUUCCUUCCCCAACUCCCCAUCCCUAUCUGUGGGGAAGCCAGCAUCCUUUAAUUCCACCUUAUGGGACCCCAGUCCCAUACCCAGCUAUAUAUCCUCCAGGGGGAGUCUAUGCCCACCCUAGCAUGGCCAUGACCCCAAGCCCAGCACAGACUAAUGCAGAUAUUGAAGUGAAGAAUACUGAUGGAAAGGACCGAGGUUCAACAAAGAAAUCCAAGGGAACUAUGGGAGGCAAAGCUGGAGAUGCUGCGAAGAUGGCCUCAGGUUCUGGAAAUGAUGGUGCUUCCCAAAGUGGUGAAAGUGGUAGUGAGGGUACAUCAGAUGGAAGCGAUGAUAACACCAGUCAGCAGGUUUGUGUUUAAUCAAUAAUGUUUAAUUCAAUUUAACAAAGCAGUCUACAUGGAAAUUUUAAUUACCGGCUACAACCUGGUGUGGGCUUGAUGUAGCAUGUUAUACUUAUUAGAAUGAAUGCCAUCUUUAACAAAUACUUGUUCAAAUGAUUAACUAUUCCUGUUUUCAUUUUAGGAUAAAAGGGGAAGAACUGA